AUGACCCUAGAGCCGACGAUGGAGGCGCGAAUCAAGCAAAGAUACGCGAUGCAAGUGAUGCAACUUGUUAACAAACUGCAUUUUACACCAGAAGAAUUGGACGUGCUCGUUAUUAUUUACCAUAAAAUAGUCAAAAGCAAAGAAGGCAUUGAUAAGAGCAAUGAGAUGCACAAGAAUCAAUUUAGACAGUUUAUGUACUGUGUCUGCGAUAUGACCGACGAUUUGCUAACAGAACGAAUAUUCGCAACGCUCGACAAAACUUUGAGCAACUACACGUCCUUUGAAACUUUUGCCAGUGCUUUGUCCCUUUGGCUUCGAGGAACCAGAGACGAAAAAAUCAACUAUUGCUUCUCAGUGUACGACACUUUGGGUGACGGAUUUAUACGCCGAGAAACUCUCUUUGCCUUGCUCAGGGAUAGUAUCAUAAAACCGUCGGAUGAUGAAGCAGAUGAAGGGGUUCGUGAUUUGGUAGACAUAAUAAUGAAGAGAAUGGAUCUGGAUCGUGAUGGAUUUAUUUCGUUCGAUGACUACAAAUCGUCAGUUUAUCGAUCACCUUUAUUAAUGCAGGUAAUUUUGAUACUAAUCUGA